GAAGCUCCAGCAGGUAAGAGAAGCCACAUUUCCCCUUGCCCGCCACUUAAAAGGAUGCAGGAGCACAAGAUCUGGCACCGCUUUUUGGCUUGCUGAAGAGACGUACCGGCACGUAACAGCGUGUAGACGUGGCUAAGUGAUGCGGUUCCGAUGGCGGCGUGUUUGAGGCUUCUUCUGCUGCUGCCGCUGGCGUGCUGCCUCCCCUCCCCCUCCCGGCCUCCCAUGCGUUACUGCCGCCGCUGCUGUGACCACACGGAGCCUCCGGCCGGCCCCGCCCACUACCGCGUGCCCGAGAUCCGCACCGUGGUCAACAUGACCAUCCUCAAAGGUGAUAAAGGCGACAGAGGGGAUAAAGGCACGCCUGGUAAGCAAGGUCUGGAAGGACCCCCCGGCCAACUCGGACCGGUAGGCUUCAAAGGCAGCAAAGGCCAAGCGGGCGCCCCCGGGGACCCCUGCAAGACUCCCCAGUCGUCCUUCUCGGUGGGGCGCCGCAAGUCCCUGCACAGCGUGGACUACUACCAGGCGCUGGUCUUCGACACGGUGUUCGUCAACCCGCACGAGCACUUCAACAUGUUCGAGGGCAAGUUCUACUGCUACGUGCCCGGCGUCUACUUCUUCAACGUCAACGUCCACACCUGGAACUUCAAGGAGACCUACCUGCACAUCAUGCAUAACGAGCGGGAGCAGGUGAUCCUCUACGCGCAGCCCAGCGAGCGCUCCAUCAUGCAGAGCCAGAGCGUCAUGCUGGAGCUGGCGCGGGACGACCAGGUGUGGCUCCGCCUCUACAAGCGCGAGCGGGAGAACGCCGUCUACAGCGACGACGUGGACGUUUACAUCACCUUCAACGGGUACCUGGUGGCGCCCGGUCUCCAGUGACCACGGGUCCGUAGGGGACUUUUAAAGGCCUACUGAAACCCACUACUACCGACCAGGCAGUCUGAUAGUUUAUACAUCAAUGAUGAAAUAUUAACAUUGCAACACAUGCCAAUACGACCUUUUUAGUUUACUAAAUUGCAAUUUAAAAUUUUGCGCCAAGUAUCCUGUUGAAAACGUCGGUAUGACGCGUGACGUCUCGGAUUGUAGCGGCGUGUUGUUCCAGCCCGAUCCCAGCUAUAAAUAGUCUGCUUUAAAGGGGAACAUUAUCACAAUUUCAAAAGGGUUAAAAACAAUAAAAAUCAGUUCCCAGUGGCUAGUUGUAUUUUUUGAAGUUUUUUUCAAAAUUUUAUCGGUCUCGGAAUAACCCUAAAUAAAGCUUUAAAGUGCCUUAUUUUUGCUAUCUUCGAAACCACUAUCCAUUUCCCUGUGACGUCACACAGUGCUGCAAAUGUAAACAAACAAUGGGAAUACCACAGCAAGAUAUAGCGACAUUAGCUCGGAUUCAAACUCGGAUUUCAGCGACUUAAGCGAUUCAACAGAUUAGGCAUGUAUUGAAACGGAUGGUUGGAGUAUGAAAGUAUUGAAGAAGAAACUGAAGUUAUUGAGCGAAUAGCUAUUGACGCUAUUCAUAGCCAUAGCAUGGCCGAAUAGCUGCGUUAGCAUCGCCGGUAAAAUGUGCGGACCAAACGAUCAGGACUUUCGCAUCUUUUGACACGAGAGCAACUUAAAUCCGUCGAUUGGUAAGUGUUUGUUUCGCAUUAAAUGUGGGUGGAAGGAAAUGUAAUAUAGUUGCAAAUGCAUCUACAGGUUAUCCAUACAUCUCUGUGCCAUGUCUGCUUUAGCACCGCCGGUAUAUAGCAUGUUAGCAUCGAUUAGCGUAGCAUGUUAGCAUCGAUUAGCUGGCAGUCAACAUCAACAAAACUCACCUUUGUGAUUUCGUUGACUAUCGUUGCAAAUGCAUCUGCAGGUUAUCCAUACAUCUCUGUGCCAUGUCUGCUUUAGCAUCGCCGGUAAAAUGUGGAGACACUCUGGCACAUUCAAUGGGGGUCUGGCGGCAGACACUUUUGCAUCUUCGGGCCAGUGGUGCAACUUGAAUCCCUCCCUGUUAGUGUUGUUACACCCUCCGACAACACACCAACGAGGCAUGAUGUCUCCAAGGUUCCAAAAAAUAGUAAAAAAAAACGGAAAAUAACAGAGCUGGGACCCGGUGUUUGUAAUGUGUUGAAAAUGAAAAUGGUGGGUGGGUUACCUCGGCGACGUCACCUUCUGACGUCAUCGCCUCCAGCGUGAUAAACAGAAAGGCGUUUAAUUUGCCAAAAUUCACCCAUUUAGAGUUCGGAAAUCGGUUAAAAAAAUAGAUGGUCUUUUUUCUGCACCAUCAAGGUAUAUAUUGACGCUUGCAUAGGUCUGGUGAUAAUGUUCCCCUUUAAUCGCAUAAUUACACAGUAUUCUGGCCAUCUGUGUUGCUGAAUCUAUUGCAAUUUGUUCAAUUAAUUAUGGAGACGUCAAAGAAGAAAGAUGUAGGUGGGAAGCGGUGCAUUGCGACCGCCUUUAGCAACACAAACACAGCCGGUGUUUCCUUGUUUACUUUCCCGAAGGUGAAGCUUUACUAUGGAACAGAGCGGUCAAGCGAGCAUGGUUCUAUACCGCAUGUCAACCGGCAGGUUUCGGUGAGAAAAUUGUGGGAAUAAGUCGGCUCUUACCGUAGACAUGAGUGGAGCUUGCGUCGUUCCUCGUGCACCUGUCAAAGAGGCAGCUGUGACUCUCUUGCCUCCUCCGACCGGCCGCCCCCGACCGUGGGAUGCUUCCACCGCAGAGGAGGGGGAAAAAAAGCUCAGCCCGGCCACAACGGCUGCCUUCGCUUCGCCUCCUCAAGAAACGUGGCUUCCCUCAGAGACACUGGCGGUCACCACACCCUUCCGACUUUCAAGUACGACUAUAUAAUCUCACUAAAACACUAGUAACGCAAUAAGCAGAUAAGGGAUUUUCCAGAAUUAUCCUAGUAAAUGUGUCUAAUAACAUCUGAAUCGCUCCCACUGCCCUCGUCUUUUUUUUUUCCUAGUCCUUCACUCUCACUUUCCUCAUCCACAAAUCUUUCAUCCUCGCUCAAAUUAAUGGGGAAAUUGUCGCUUUCUCGGCCCGAAUCGCUCUCGCUGCUGGUGGCCAUGAUUGUAAACAAUGUUCAGAUGUGAGGAGCUCCACAACCCGUGACGUCACGCGCACAUCGUCUGCUACUUCUGAUACAGGCAGGGCUUUUUUUAUUAGCGACCAAAUGUUGAGAACUUCAUCGUCGAUGUUCUCUACUAAAUCCUUUCAGGAAAAAUAUGGCAAUAUCGCGAAAUGAUCAAGUAUGACACAUAGAAUGGACCUGCUAUCCCCGUUUAAAUAAGAACAUCUCAUUUCAGUAGGCCUUUAAGAAAGGUGUGGUGCUCUGUUUGUAUUCUACCAAGACUGGAACACACCCAGACCAGGACUAGUCCUCCCAGCAUGCAAACCACUACACCUCCGUUUUAAAAAUGGUGCUUAAACCCAAUACAAUUCAGGUCAAUAUGUACUCGGGUGUCCAGAGUGCUCCCGGUAGCUCCUUGACUAUGGUCUAGGAAAACAAAAUGUCUUAUCCUGCACUAUUUAAAAUGAUGUCGCAUCCCAAUGGGGCACUUUAAAUAAAAUACUCCAUAAAUCUCAA